AUGAGCAGUACCUUAGAGUCACAGCGAUUGGCUUUGGAGAACCUUGAUGCCAUUGAAGAUGCUCUAACACAAAGGUUUUUGAGAAAUCCCAAUCUUCUUCCCAAAUCAUUACGAAGAAAAUACGACAAUAUCCCACCACUCGGGAAAAAUAGAGCAUACACUAAACGGUUGUUUCGUCUUCAACAACACGAGUUGAGGCACCUCCUGCAAGAAUAUGAUAGCAAGUUGAAACAAGUGUUAUCCUCUGUGCAAAAUGAUGCAGCAGCCAUUCACCAGGAGCUACAGAGUAUUGAGGAAGACGGCACAUUUGAAAAGUUUGAGCAGUUGAUUGCACCACUUUUGAAAGAUACAAACGAAGGACCGGUGGUUAGAGGAGUACAACAGCAGUACGCAUUGUUUGGUAGUGCUGACCCUAAAACAGUGAAGGUGAAGCUAAAGAAAAGGAAAGGUCAGGAAGUGGUAAUGGCGAAAAGGCUGGAUUUGCUAAGUAAUGCCGCUUCGCAUAUACAGAACAUCGAAUUGGAUGACGUUCUUGAUCUAAAGCAGUUUCACCAGUUCUAUAACGAAAACUUCACAUCUAGCGAGAUCCCAUACGUCCAAUAUUUGUACUCUUUUAACAAGUUCCCCUACGAGAAAUCGAACAAGGAAGUUUAUCGCCUGUACUUGAAGUCGCUAUACAAUUAUUUGAAACAAAAAUACAUAGUGUUGUAUCCAUUAUCAGAUAUUGUGACCAUUUUGAAAGAGGUUGAAAGUACUGUUGAGAACAAAGCUUCACAAAACCAGAAUGGUUUGGGGUCUGAACUAUACUGUGCCGUCUGUGACAAACAUUUUGCGACUACAACCGUCUACAAAGCUCAUCUAGAGAGUAAAAAGCAUCUCAAGAAAGUCAAGAAAGUAGGUGAGACGUUUCAAAAUGAAGAAAAUAAGCCCAAUGCAUGGUACGAACGAUCAAUACAGAUAUUGGCCACGCAUCUAGACGAAGCAAUUCACCAAACGGAAAAAUAUUUGGUACUGUCAGAAAGAGCAAGAUUCAAUGAGGAACAAGAUCAAAUCGACAUUGAAAAUGAGUAUACAGAGAUUGAAAAUAGCGGAGACUCUGAUUCCAACGGAGAGUCAAGCUCCGACUCGGAAAAUGAUGAUGAUUUAUUCAAAAACUUGCCGUUGGGAAGUGAUGGUACCCCUAUCCCAUACUGGCUUUACAAACUACAAGGUUUGCAUAAAACGUAUCGGUGUGAGAUAUGUGGAAAUGUUGGUUACAAGGGCAAACAAGCAUUUGAACGACACUUCAAUAGCGCCAAGCAUCAAAAGGGUUUGCAAUUAUUGGGGAUAGCUGAGGAUCAGUAUCAGCUUUUCAAAAACAUUCUGCUGAUUGACGAGGCACAGAACUUGAUGGAUAGGUUAAAGAAGGAGGCAAGGUUGAAACAAAGUGAAUUACAUGAUGCAAUCGAAGUUGAAGACAAGCAAGGUAAUGUGAUGAGUUAUAUAGAUUACUUAGAUUUGAAGAAACAAGGAUUGAAGUAA